AUGGAAUUUGUUUUGAAGGCAAUGGAUGCACUGGAAACUGGAGAAGGAAAUGGACAGGGAGAGAAAAGAGAAUCGGAAAUCAAAAUGGAAACAGAGGAUCAAGGUGAGGUCAGUUUGAGUCAAAGAAAUGGGAGAGAGUCCGAAGAUGAAGACGAAAUGAAAACGAUAAUGAAGAAAUGGACCAACAAGGAAAUGGAUAUCAGAGAAGGAAAGGGAAUGGGGGAGGGAGAGAAAAGAGAUUCGGAAAUCGAAAUGAAAACAAAGGAUCAAGGUGAGGCAAGUCGUUUGAGUCAAAGAAAUGUGGGAGAGUUCAAAGCCCCAGAAAAAAUGGAAACUUUAAUUGAGGCAAUAGAUGCACUGGAAGCUAUAGAAGGAAAGGGAAAGGGAGAGGAAAGAGAACCGGAAACCGAAAGGGAAACAGAGGAUCAAGGUGAGGCCAGUUCAAGUCAUUUGAGUCAAAUAAAUGUGGCAGAGUCCGAAGAAGAAAUAGAAAAUAUCUUUAAGGCAAUGGAAGCGCUGAAAACUGGAGGAGGAAAUGGAAAGGAAGAGGAAGAGGAAAGAGAACCGGAAACCGAAAUGGAAAUUGAAAUGGAUGCACUGGAAACUAGAGAAGGAAAUGAAAAUGGAGAGGAGAGAGAACCGGGAACUGAAAUGGAAGAAGAGGAUCAAGGUGAGGUCAGUUCAAGUCAUUUGAGUCAAAGAAAUGUGGGAGAGUCCGAAUAUGAAGAAGAAUUGAAAAAAAAAUUAAGGCAAACUGGAGAUUCGUACGCACCUCGAUUGGACGGCCUGGAAACUAGAGAAGGAAAUGGAGAGGAGAGAGAACCGGGAACCGAAAUGGAACCAGAGGAUCAAGGUGAGGCCAAUUCAAGACGUUUGAGUCAAAGAAAUAUGGCAGAGUCCGAAGAAGAAAUAGAAAAUAUGUUUAAGCCAAUGGAAGCACUGAAAACUGGAGGAGGAAAUGGAGAGGGGGAGGAAAGAGAAUCGGAAAUCAAAAUGGAAAUGGAAAUGGAUGCACUGGAAACUAGAGAAGGAAAUGGAACUGGAGAGGAGAGAGAACCGGGAACCGAAAUGGAAGCAGAGGAUCAAGGUGAGGCCAGUUCAAGUCAUUUGAGUCAAAGAAAUGUGGGAGAGUCCGAAUAUGAAGAAGAAAUGGAAAAAAAAAAAUUAAGGCAAUGGAUGCACUGGAAACUAGAGAAAGAAAUGGAGAGGAGAGAAAACCGGGAACCGAAAUGGAACCAGAGGAUCAAGGUGAGAGAAGGAAAUGGAGAGGGAGAGAAAAGAGAAUCGGAAAUCAAAACGGAAAGAGAGGAUCAAGGUGAGGCCAGUUCAAAUCAUUUGAGUCAAAGAAAUGCAGGAGAUGUCGAAGAAGAAGAUGAAAUGGAAUUUGUUUUGAAGGCAAUGGAUGCACUGGAAACUGGAGAAGGAAAUGGAGAGGGAGAGGAAAGAGAAUCGGAAAUCAAAAUGGAAACAGAUGAUCAAGGUGAGGCCAGUUUGAGUUAA